AGCAAAUCAUGGCUCCGAGAACAACCAUGAAGUUGACUCGACAAUAUACCGGAUGUUUGAAAAUGGAACAGUGUUGCAUUUUCAGGAUAUUUCCACUCAAGGAGGGUCGGAUGUGAAGUUCUUUAGACCUCAGGGGAGUGGUGAUUCGUAUCUAAUCUUUGCGAACAUGAAGGACAAUUCUGGUAAUACUGCUGUGCUCUCGAAGGUGGGUGUAUUUUAUUAUUGUGUUGUGUUGUGUUGUGCGCCAGGUGCUGCCAGGUUGUAGUUGUGUUGUGUUGUGUUGUGUUGUAGCUGUGUUGUGCUGUGUUGUGUCAUGUUGUGUCAUGUCGUAGUUAGGUUGUGGGGUUGUGUUGUGUUGUGUUGUGUUGUGUGGUGUUGUGUUGUGUUGUGUUGCAUUUGAUUGCCUUGCAUUAAUUGGAUUGGAUUGUUUUGUGUCUUAUUGUAUUCUAUUGCAUUCGUUUCUAUGGGAUUUAUUGUAUUUUUUAAUAUAACGUUUUGUAGGUUUACAAAUGGGUUAAUGGUCGUUUUGUGGAGCACGGACCAGGCCUAAACUGCCGGGGAGCUUCAGGCCUUGCCUUAUUCAGAGUAAAUAAUCGUAACUUCCUCGCGAUCUCUAGCUACUAUGACAGUGUUAACCGCAACUACCAAAGCAAAUCUGUCACUUUUGAAUGGAGGAAUGAUCAGUUUGUACUUCUGUCAGAAAUCACUACGAAUGGCGCUACUGGGGUAGAAUACUUCAUGUUAGAUGGAGAUCAUAUUCUGCUGUUUGUGAACUCUCGUUCGUCCCCUGGUCUGUAUAAAUGGAAUGCUGGGACGUUCGUCUUGCAUCAAGAUGUGCCCAUCACUAAUGCGAAAUCUGUGAAAGAGUUCUUACUGAACAACGAAGGUGUGUUUUGAUUGUGUAUCAUAAACAAUAAAGCACAUUUAAGCAGUCAUUUUGUACGAAUCAGUGAGGUCGUAGCUACGGGAGAAAUGAAGGGUCCGGACCUCCCUCCCCCACUUUCUUCAGCACCAAUUUUGUAAUUCUUUUAAAACUGAGGAGAAGCUGGGGAGGGGGCCGGAGUAACCUCUUAAUGCUGUCAUCUAUGACAUAAAAUAUACCAAAUCUGUGGUUGUCACCCCCCCCCCCCGACCCCAUUUGUGUGGGACUGGAUACGCCCCUGGAAUCAGAAUUUACAAAGAUAUUCAACGUGACAGCAGAUUGUAAUGUAUGUUUUUAUCAUGUUCUUAGCUUUCUUGGUCAGUACUACAUCAGAAGGUAGCUCGCACCUUUGGAAAUGGGAUAGGAACACAUCAAACUUCCAGUUUUACACGGUAAGUUGAGAUUUCCUUUCAAAACAAAUGUAUCAGCCCCUACUCGUAUAUUGUACAACAUCAGAUAAGUACAACAUCAGAUAGGACAGCUGUGCAUGAUCUUAUCAAGCUUCGCUCAGCGGUCUUUAUAUAUCAAAUCGAUAUAUGGCUUUUUACCUUGAUGAAGUAUCAGCAAUCUGUAAAAUAUUUCUAUUGUAUAUUUAGAACGUAACUGAAUAUGGCGCUCAAGACAUUCAACCAAUCACAAUUCAAGAUUCUGUCAAUCAUAAUCUCACAUUAUUGGCUGUUGCCAUGGAAACAACAAGUGAAUCACGUUUUCUUCAACUUGCCAUGGUUUCCGCACAAGCUGAUUUCAUCCCAAGGUUUGUUUGUCGUAAACUUUAUUCGUUUAAUAAAUCAACUUUAUUUAUACUGGAUAGUUCUAUCAGUUCACUUUUGUGGGGGAUCAUCUCUUGUUGGUUGAUUACUUGGUUCGGUGUCUGGAGUGCCAGCAGAUAAUUUGUGGAGUUUAGUAGAAUCACGGUUAAUAGAAGGAGACUCCUUCUAUUAACCGUGGUAGAAUCAAACUGGAAGCACUCUUCUCAUACGUGACUGAGGCCAAAUUAUAAUCGCACAACUCCUUAUUACAGGAAUAAAACCCCAGUCACAGACACAUACACUAACCACUAUGAUCUAUUAGUAUAAUUUCAGUAUUCAUGGCCAGAAAUUACGGACAUAAUUUAUUCUACUUCCUUACUAAUUUGCAUAUCACUUUGAAAUAUGGCUCCAACAGUAUAUAUUAGAUCGCACAACGCGAUAUUGUAAACGCAAAAUCGGAGAGUAUGGUAGAUCCUUUGCAAUUUGCCGCAAUCGCUGGUUACAAAACAAAGUCCGUCGAAGAAUUUAGUGUAAUAUUAGCCUGAUUUAAGUUACUACCAUUCCUGCUUUUUCUAUAUUGGUACAGAGGUUAAUUUUUAACUGCAUUUGUCUAUUUAACUCUAUAUAAAAAUACUGCGCUAGGAAUAAACUAAAAAGCAGGAAAAACAGCAACUUAAACUAGGCCAAAAUUACACUAGGUACAUCGACAAACUUUGAUUUAGCACCAGCGAUUUCGGCAAGUUGCAAACGGUCUACCAUAUUCUUAGAUUUUGCGAUUUACCUCAUCGCAUUGUACAAUCUGCUGUUUACAGUUAAAGCCAUAUUUCAAAAUAAUAUGUAAAUUUUUAUGGAAUUAGAAUAAAUUAUGUCCGGGAUUUCUGGCCAUGGAAAAAUGGCCUGAAAUGAUUGGCUCCCUCGGCAGUAACUCUGAUGCAAUAGUUACUACUCAACUGCUCGCUCUCUCUCCAAGAAAAUGGCUGAAAAUCUGACGGAAGUAAAUUAUUUAUGCAAAUUAUGUUCAUAAAAUAAACACGUUUAUUAGUUGUAUUUAUAAAUAUAACUUUUUCAAUACUGAAAUUAUACUAAAACAAUUAGUCGCCUCAGGCUCGGUGAUUACAAGCCUAUAUUCACUUCGCCUUCGGCUCAGUGAAUACAGGCUUGUAAUAACCUCUCCUUCGGCGACUAAUUGUUAAAUAUCCCUAAUUCGAUUCAUAUUUAACGUUACACAUUAUUAAUGUAUUCUACAGAAAUGGUCAACUCAUAUUUAAUAAUGGAGACACAGAACUGAGUUUCUAUGUCACAAUUUUUAACGACUCAAUUUCCGAGCCUGACGAGACCUUCACGGUUGCCCUUAGCAACGCUACAGGCGGCUCUGUGAUUGGUCCAAACGGUAACUUAGAGGUGAACAUUUUAUCCAAUGGGAAUCCGUAUGGCCGUAUUGAGUUUGCAAUGGCGUCUGCGUAUAUAGUCGUUGAGGAAAGAUCACGUGAUUGGGUGUUACAUUUAGAAGUAUUGCGGGAACAAGGGAAUUAUGGGGAGGUUAUCGUGGCAUGGAACAGUACUGGUAACGCUUCUGAGAGUGGUAGUCAUGGUGAUGAUGACGUAUAUCCUGCCUCAGGCGAGAUCGUAUUCAUGGAGGGCGAGACACGAAAGACAAUCAAUCUUACGAUUGUUGCCGAUGAUGUUCCGGAGGUUAACGAAGUUUUUCAAGUGAGGUAGGUGGUAGGAAUAGGCCUGCUCGAUUAACACGUAUUUACGUCCAUUGCCAUUCGAUGGAUCUUUAACUUAUAACUAAAAUUUUGAUCCAGACAAGUCUAGACAAAAAUUUCAUCACAGCUUGAAAGAGCAUCACAAAAUUAGUAAUAUUCCAAAGUUUCGUUGCGAAAUGUUGUAAAAUGCGGAUAAUAUAGCCUUGCGAAGUUUGCCGUUUUUCAGUCAUUUUGUAUUACGCAUGGGGAAUUGACAGCCUAAUCGGGUGUUGGAGUAUCAGUUUUCAGGGACGACGGCCUCUUUUUAGAGCACCUGCCAAGAAUUACAUGGCGGACUGAAAAAUCCCUCACGUUAAAUGACCUGAAGUGAGACUUCUGUAUGUACUUUGUGACAACGGUUCGGUGUUUUGAAAAUAUAUUUUGUUUCAUUUCAGCUUGACCUCCUUAAUAAAAGAUGGUUCAAACCUUCCUAAUCAAGGAGCGACAAUCAACUCAGCACAGUCUACAUCAACUGUUAUCAUACGGGCCAAUGAUGAGCCCCAUGGCAUUGUGGGAUGGCAACGGACCAUCGUUCUUGCACAAGAAUCCGAAGCAACUAACAGUUCGGUACAGCUGGUAAUUGAGAGACAGCUAGGAUCAAUUGGUGAUAUCAAGGUGUUAUAUAGUACAGUUGGGGCUAAAACAAAUGGUUCGGUGAACGAAAGGCCGGCGGUGCCAAACCAGGAUUUUAUACCAGUGUCCAGUGAAAUUUUAAUGGCGGAUGGUGUGAAUGUGACGAAUAUUUCAAUUCAUGUUAUUCAUG